UGGUUCCAUUCCAUUCUAUUAUUACUUCAUUUGAAAUUGUGAUUUGUGGGGAGAUAGAUAUAUAGAUUGAAUUUAGGAAUUAAGAGAUGUUGGGUGUGUUCAGCAGCUCCAUCGUGUCGGCGCCGGAAGAGUUGGUAGCGGCGGGAAGCCGAACUCCGUCGCCAAAGAGCACGGCGGAGACGCUAGUGAAGCGGUUCGUAGAGAGUAACGGAUCGGCGGUGUCGGUGGGUGAUGAUGUUCAGCUGGCUUAUAGCCACCACAAAGAGUCGCCAUGGAGACCAAGAUCGUUCGCCGUGAAAGAUGAGAUAUUCUGCGUGUUUUCGGGAGUGCUUGAGAAUCUGGGGAGCUUGAGGCAACAGUACGGACUGGCCAAAUCUGCAAAUGAAGUGGUUCUGGUGAUUGAAGCUUACAAAGCUUUGCGUGACAGAGCACCCUACCCUCCCAAUCACGUGGUUUCCCAUCUCAGUGGCGCAUUCGCUUUCAUUCUUUUUGACAAAUCCACUUCUACGCUCUUUGUGGCCUCUGAUCAAGAUGGCAAGGCACCUCUAUAUUGGGGAAUAACUGCUGAUGGCUAUGUAGCAUUUGCUGAUGAUGCAGAUUUGCUUAAACGUGCUUGUGGCAAGUCUCUUGCUUCUUUUCCUCAAGGAUGUUUCUACUCCACAGCUGUUGGGGGUUUGAGGUCUUAUGAGAACCCAAACAAUAAGAUCACUGCUGUCCUUGCUAAUGAAGACGACAUCUGGGGUGCUACUUUCAAGGUGGAGGGCCCAGCAGUUGUGGCAGCAACACAGUAGCGUAUCACUUGCAAAGCCCAUGUAAAUUGAAGUAUUAAGGGUGUAACCAUGUUCAUAAGAUAGAGAACUUACUCUUCUUCUAUCUACAUGUACAUACAGUUAUGCUCUUUCCAAUCUAAUAAGGCUGGUUUUUGUUUUAUAUAA